AUGGACCCCAAAAACGCAAGUUCCGAGGGCCUUCUGGCCUUCCUACGGGAAUUUUACCCGGAGGUGUACGCGGUCGUACCCCGGGAGAUCGUUUCGCAGAGUGCAAACCCCGAAUCAUCGAGCGUAGAGGCGUCGCCCCGCUCCUGCCCGUCUGAGUCCGGCCGUUCCUCGCCGGCUCAUAGUGAAGCUUCCCGUAUGGAAGCAGAGUCCGCGACCGAGUCCAGCUCGGAAGUAACUGAUGACGACGGGUUCGAGACCGUCGUCUCAAAAAAGCGCAAAGGGAAGCGCGUUAAGACGUCGCUCCCUGUUAAGCGAGCGUCGCUAGAGUCACCGACGCGCCCAGCUCGCGCCAAAACCGCCGCGUCACCGGUGACGUCACAAGCGCCGAUGACGUCAUCCGCCCCGGCCGCGCCCGAAGCGCGCAAAGUAAAACCCCCGCCGCCUGUAAUUUUACAGGACAAUCCAUACCCGGAGGCGCGAGUGCGCCUCCGCUCAUUCUCCGAGCCAGUCAUCGCGGCUCUAAGCAUCGAGGACGGGCUUACUAGCCCGCCCCCCCCAACCGGUUACGCUGUCAAGGCCUACAAGGCUAACAGC